AUGGACUACUUGUGGUGGAUUGUACUGCUGAUUUGGACGCUCAUCGCGCCUGAAAGAGGAACCGUUGCGCAGAGGAGCAAGAGUAACGUACCCCGGCUUAAACUCUCCUAUAAAGAAAUGCUGGAGUCCAACAACCUGCUUACUUUCAAUGGAUUGGCUAACAGCUCUGCCUAUCACACUUUUUUAUUGGAUGAGGAGAGAGGACGGCUUUUUGUGGGGGCAAAAGAUCAUGUGCUUUCCUUUAACUUGGUGGAUAUCAACAUGGACCAGCAACUGAUUUCCUGGCCUUCUUCACCUUCUCGACGAGAUGAAUGCAAGUGGGCCGGGAAGGACGUCCAGAAGGAGUGUGCGAACUUCAUAAAGGUCCUGCAGCCAUUUAAUCAGACGCACCUGUAUGCGUGCGGGACCGGAGCCUUCCAUCCCGUCUGUGCACAUGUGGAAGUGGGCAAACGCUCAGAGGACAACACCUUUCGGCUUGGGUCGAGUUUUGAGAACGGCCGUGGAAAAAGCCCGUAUGACCCCAAACUGCAGACGGCAUCCAUGCUGAUCGAUGGGGAACUGUAUGCUGGGACAUCAGCUGACUUCAUGGGCCGGGACUUUGCCAUUUUCCGAACUUUAGGAAAACACCAUCCCAUCAGGACGGAGCAGCACGACUCCAGAUGGCUCAACGAUCCUAGAUUUGUCAGCGUCCAUCUCAUCCCAGAGAGCGACAACUCUGAAGAUGACAAGAUUUAUCUGUUCUUCCGCGAAAACGCCAUUGAUGGAGAGCAAAUCAGCAAAGCCACACAUGCCCGAAUUGGACAGCUGUGUAAGAAUGAUUUUGGAGGCCACAGGAGUUUGGUGAACAAAUGGACCACCUUUCUGAAGGCCCGUUUAGUCUGCUCAGUUCCUGGCCUCAACGGCAUCGAUACACACUUUGAUGAACUGCAGGACGUGUUUCUCAUGAGCUCUAAGGAUCCUAAAAACCCCAUUAUCUAUGCUGUAUUUACAACAUCCAGUAAUAUUUUUAAGGGUUCUGCGGUCUGCAUGUACAGUAUGGCAGAUAUCAGGAGAGUGUUUUUGGGCCCAUAUGCCCACCGUGAUGGACCCAAUUACCAAUGGGUACCAUUUCUGAGUCGAGUACCAUAUCCAAGACCUGGCACGUGUCCCAGCAAAACAUUUGAUGGUUUUGAAUCAACAAAGGACUUUCCUGAUGAUGUCAUCACGUUUGCCAGAAGCCAUCCAGCCAUGUACAACCCAGUGUUUCCUAUCAACAACCGUCCAAUCAUAAUCAAAACUGAUGUGGAUUACCAGUUCACUCAGAUAGUAGUGGACAGGGUUGAAGCAGAGGAUGGCCAGUAUGAUGUCAUGUUUAUCGGCACCGACAUGGGCACAGUCCUUAAGGUGGUUUCCAUCCCAAGAGGAACAUGGCAUGACCUUGAGGAAGUCCUGUUGGAGGAGAUGACUGUGUUCAGAGAACCAACUGCUAUCACUGCCAUGGAGCUUUCAACAAAACAGCAACAACUCUAUCUUGGAUCUGCCAUCGGGGUUUCUCAGAUGCCACUUCAUCGAUGUGACGUCUAUGGGAAGGCCUGCGCUGAAUGCUGUCUGGCACGUGACCCUUACUGCGCAUGGGAUGGCUCUCAGUGUUCCCGAUACUUUCCAACAGCUAAGAGGAGAACGAGGCGUCAGGAUAUUAGGAAUGGAGACCCACUGACUCAGUGUUCGGAUCUACAACACCACGAUGAGGCAGAUGGCGAGACGGGCUUGCUGGAUAAGACUGUGUAUGGAGUUGAAAACAGCAGCUCUUUUCUAGAGUGCAGUCCUAAAUCUCAGCGUGCCCUCAUUUACUGGCAGUUUCAGAGACACGGGGAGGACCACAAACUGGAGAUAAAGUCAGACGAGCGAGUGUUGGGCACAGAACAGGGUCUUCUGAUCCGAAGCCUCCAUCAGAAGGACUCAGGUGUGUAUUACUGCCAUGCCGUCGAGCACGGCUUCAUCCAGACCCUCCUCCGUCUCACGCUCAACGUCAUUCCUGCCGAACACCUGGAUGAUCUGCUUCACCGAGACCCACCAGACACCAACGAUCCCGCCAACGGCAAGAUGUGGUACCGCGACUUUCUGUCCCUCAUCAAUCCGCCGAGCCCCAACAGCGUCGAUCAGCUCUGCGAACAGGUGUGGAAGAGAGAACGCAAACAACGCAGACAGAAAGCCAAUCUACUGCACGCCAGCCAAUCACACACCAGCCAGAUCCUCCACUCCAGCCAAUCACACGCCAAGUGGAAGCUGCUACAGGAAAACAAGAAAGGGCGCAAUCGCAGGACCCACGAGAUGCAGCGGGCGCCGAGAAGUGUGUGA